AUGUAUCAAAAUCCAUCAGAAAAAUUUGGAAUCCAGCCAGAACAAUCAUCGGAUAUUUUUUGCAGUGGAAACGUUGCCUAUGAUGACUUUUCUACAAGAGAUAAUAAUCUUAAUAAUCAUCCAGUACCUUACACAUCUGUUCAUAAUGCUAAUGAGCAAGAGAUUUUAGAACAGAAUUCACCAAGUAACUUUCCCCCACAUAAUAAUCCUCCAGCUCAUUCACCUAGCAUGAAUAAUGCUAGCUCUUCCCAAAUACAAACGGUUAAAAUUCUCGGUUAUGAAAUUAUUAUUAUCCCCAUAUCAUCUCCGUUGGCAAGUUUAAUCAGUUUAGACGUGCAGCAUCAACUGCAACAAGUAAAUGCUUAUUCGGAUUAUUCUUCUUAUUCGGUUAAUCCAACACAAUUAAAUCAAGAACAGGAUUAUUCAUUUGCAACAAAUGGAUACGAUCCAACUUUUCAAUACCCAUCUCACGCGCCGCAGUCGAACGCUAGUGAUCAGAUUUACCUACCUAGCUCUCCUCAAAUACAAACGGUUGAAAUUUCCGGGUAUAAAAUUAUUAUAAUCCCCACAUCCUCUCCAGUAACAAGUUCAAAUUAUUUAGACAUGAAUCAACAAUUUCAACAAGGCAAUACUUACGUGGAUUAUUCUCGUUCGGUUAAUCCACCACAAUUAAAUCCACAACAACACUAUUUUUCUAGUGAAGGUGAAACUUCUAUUAACGAAAAUGUUAUUAACGCUCAUAUUCACGUUUCAGAUAAUACACAGCCCCAAUUUCAACAACUAAACUAUUUAGGAUUAAGUGAAUCGCUUAAUAACUUCAACAACUUUUUUGGCUGA